CCUCGCACCCCCGGCGCCUCCCGCUCUGCUACAUGCGAGCCGCGGGCGCGCACCGGGGCCAGCACGCCCGGGACUCCCCCGCUCCCCGCACGCCGCCAGCUCCGCCGGCACCCGCACCCUUUUGGAGGGUGAUGAUGCUCCAGUAAUUUUCCCGGCUCCAUUCCCAGGCAUCGCUUUGCUUUCCUUCCAGGAAAGAUAGUUCUGCUUGUGAUCCUGCUGAGGGAAGAGACUCCGAUGGACUUACACCGGGCAGCAUUCAAGAUGGAGAAUUCACCCUACCUCCCCAACCCGCUGGCCUCCCCAGCGCUGAUGGUUCUCGCCUCCACCGCUGAAGCCAGCCGUGAUGCUUCCAUUCCCUGCCAGCAGCCAAGGCCUUUUGGAGUCCCUGUAUCGGCAGACAAGGACGUGCAUAUCCCCUUUACCAAUGGCUCAUAUACUUUUGCCUCCAUGUAUCACCGUCAAGGUGGGGUGCCAGGAGCAUUUGCAAACCGUGACUUUCCUCCAUCCUUGCUUCACCUCCACCCCCAGUUUGCACCCCCCAACCUGGACUGCACCCCGAUCAGUAUGUUGAACCACAGUGGUGUUGGGGCUUUCCGCCCCUUUGCAUCUACUGAAGACCGGGAGAGCUACCAGUCAGCCUUUACACCGGCCAAGCGCCUGAAAAACUGCCAUGACACUGACUCACCCCAUCUGCGCUUCUCGGACGCUGAUGGGAAGGAGUACGAGUUUGGCACGCAGCUCCCCUCCAGCUCCCCCGGCUCCCUCAAAGUCGAUGAUACAGGAAAGAAGAUCUUUGCUGUUUCUGGCCUCAUUUCUGACCGGGAGACCUCAUCCAGUCCUGAAGACCGAAGUGACAGAUGCAAAAAGAAGGCAACUUUAUUCGACAGCCAGGCUCCGAUCUGUCCCAUCUGCCAAGUCCUCCUUCGCCCUGGGGAGUUGCAAGAGCACAUGGAACAGGAGCUGGAGAAGCUCACCCAGCUGAACAUCAGCAAGAGCUCCAUCCUGAAGGAUGCCAUGGCUGCAGGUACCCCCAAGUCAAUUUUGUUGUCGGCCUCAAUCAAGCGGGAAGGAGAUUCUCCGACGGCAUCGCCCCAUUCCUCAGACGACAUCCAUCACUCGGACAGAUACCAGACCUUCCUGCGGGUGCGAGCGAACCGGCAGACACGGCUGAACGCUCGGAUUGGGAAAAUGAAACGGAGGAAGCAAGACGAAGGGCAGGUAUGUCCCCUCUGCAGCCGACCUCUGUCAGGAUCCGAGGAGGAGAUGAGUAGGCAUGUGGAACAAUGCCUUGCAAAGAGAGAAGGUUCAUGCAUGACUGAGGAUGACUCUGUGGACAUCGAGAAUGAGAAUGGGAACCGCUUUGAAGAGUACGAGUGGUGCGGGCAGAAGAGGAUACGAGCUACUACCCUCCUGGAGGGAGGAUUUCGAGGGUCUGGGUUCAUCAUGUGCAGCGGCAAGGAGAAUCCAGACAGCGACGCUGACCUGGACGUGGAUGGCGACGACACACUUGAAUACGGGAAACCACAGUACACAGAGGCAGACGUUAUCCCUUGCACUGGGGAAGAGCCAGGGGAAGCCAAAGAGAGGGAGGCGCUUCGAGGUGCUGUGUUAAACGGCGGCACACCCAGUACUCGAAUAACACCGGAGUUUUCUAAAUGGGCCAGCGACGAAAUGCCCUCAACGAGUAAUGGUGAAAGCAGUAAACAGGAGACUAUGCAGAAGACCUGUAAGAACAGUGACAUUGAAAAAAUUACAGAAGACUCUGCAGUGACAACAUUUGAAGCGUUAAAGGCUCGUGUCCGUGAGUUAGAAAGGCAGCUUUCCCGUGGGGACCGCUAUAAAUGUCUCAUUUGCAUGGACUCCUACACAAUGCCCCUGACUUCCAUUCAGUGCUGGCAUGUGCACUGUGAAGAAUGCUGGCUGCGGACUCUGGGUGCCAAGAAGCUCUGUCCCCAGUGUAACACCAUCACGUCUCCCGGAGACCUUCGGCGCAUCUACUUAUGAAGGACCCAGGGGGAGGGCAGGAUGCAGCUACUCGGCUCAGCUCAUCACAACAAGGGGGGAGAAGAACGACAGCAACAACCACCACAAACAGACGUUUUAAAAUGUAAAGAGAAAACAAACCAGAGACUCCAGACGUGGACUUGAGGAUACAGGAGCAGCGGGGGAGCCUCGCCUCCCAGGUCCCGCAUGUUGAGACCUCCUUCGGCAUCUGCAGCGGGCAAACCCAAACCCU